AUGUCUGGCAUAUUGGAAUGCUUGCCGCAACCUGAGCACUCCAUCGCUGCCGAGUGGCAUGGCAGCGCAAGCCGGCACCCAGCUGAGGAUCCUUCAAGUGCUGAGGCCUCUCACAACGGAAGUUGUCACAGGGAGCACGUGAAAUUCUCCAGCGCAAUGGAUUCACAUUCAGUUGUUGCUUCGACCCCGAACAAACCAGAAGGAACCCAGGGGUUCUGGCUCUGGCAACUUCUUCCAUCCUCUGCAUCCGAUGGUUCUCAGGAUCAUGAGUCAGUUUCAGUACAGCAGAAUGACGUGACGCCACAACAGACGAAAUUAUCAGACUCAGAAACUGCUGUGAACCUCACAGGCGCUUGCUCGAAAUGCGAUGAUUUAAGAAAAGGAGACAUCUUGCACAAGAUCGAUGGCAAGCAUGUAGAUGGAAUGACUAGGUUUGAGGUUGCAUCUUUGAUCUUGGGCCCAGAGGGAUCUUUUGUACAUCUGACGUUCCUUCGUCAAGACUCAUCGCCGAUCUACAAGCUGAUGGAGCACGAGCAAGACGAGAACAUCACGCAUGGAUAUCAGAUCUCUCUGUCGCCAAGUCUCAAGCAAGACAACAUCGUCUCACACAGAAUGCGUCGCGUUGCUCCAAGGCAUAGCAAGUCAGUGAGUCCGCAGAAGAAGCAAUUAAUUUGCCAUGCAGAUAUUUGA